GGGAGGAGAGAGAAAAACAGGGGAAGUCAGAGAAAACAGGGGAUUGUUCUGUUCUUCCGACAACAAAACAAAACAACAAUUUUGCCGCGAUUUUCCAAAUGCCCUUGUUUCUGGGUGGUGCCCAUUUUCUUCUCCUCUGAAUUACCUUCCGUUUCAGGUCCAGCAGCCGCAUUGGAGGGUGCUGAUGUAGGGGAAAAUCUCCCCUACAUUCAUCAUCGUCCAUUUUCCUCAAAUGGGUUGCAUUAACUCCAAGAGAGCGGUUGCCGGAGCCUCUCCUCCGCCGCCGAUCGACGGUGAAAUAUUGGAGGCUCGUCUUGCUUCCAAGGGAAAUUCAGGGUUGCUGGUUUUGGAACCUAAAAGUAAAACAUCAUCAGAAGAUAGUAAGAACAAGUUCACCAAAAACAGCUCUAGAAGAAGUGGUUCUUCUUUCAGCUUCAGGCUUGGUUUUACCCAUAGGUAUGUGGAGGCUGAACAGAAUGCUGCUGGUUGGCCUCCUUGGCUCACAGCUGCUGCAGCAGAAGCUGUUCAAGGUUGGAUCCCCCUCAAAGCUGAUUCUUUUCAGAAGUUAGAAAAGAUUGGACAAGGUACAUAUAGCAGUGUGUUCAAAGCACGUGAAGUUGAAACUGGGAAGAUGUUUGCUUUGAAGAAGGUGCGGUUUGACAAUUUCCAAGCUGAGAGCAUUAGGUUCAUGGCAAGAGAAAUAACAAUUCUCCGAAGACUUGACCACCCAAACAUCAUGAAAUUGGAGGGCAUAAUCACUUCCCGGCUAUCAAAUAGCAUAUACCUUGUAUUUGAAUACAUGGAGCAUGAUCUUGCUGGCCUAAUAUCUCGUUCUGACAUCUCAUUCACCGAUUCACAGAUAAAAUGUUACAUGAGGCAGCUAUUAAGUGGACUUGAGCAUUGUCAUGUUCGCGGUAUUAUGCAUCGAGACAUUAAAGUUUCAAACAUCUUGUUAAACAAUGAAGGUGUUCUCAAGAUAGGAGAUUUCGGAUUAGCAAACACAAUUAGCCCAAAUAACAAGCAUCAGUUAACAAGUCGUGUAGUGACUCUAUGGUAUCGUCCUCCUGAGCUCUUGAUGGGAUCAACCAAUUAUGGUGUAUCAGUGGAUCUGUGGAGUGUGGGUUGUGUAUUUGCAGAACUUUUUCUUGGGAAGCCUAUCCUUAAAGGGAGAACUGAGGUUGAACAAUUGCACAAAGUAUUUAAGCUGUGUGGUUCUCCAUCUGAUGAGUACUGGAAAAAGUGCAAGCUUCCUCAUGUAACAAUGUUCAAACCUCAUACUAAUUAUGAAAGCUCUCUUCGGGAGAGGUGUGCAGAUUUUCCUGAAUCUGCUGUAGACCUACUUGAAACUUUACUGGCCAUUGAUCCUAGCAUGCGUGGGACUGCCUCCUCUGCCCUAAUAUCCGAGUAUUUCAGCACCAUGCCAUAUGCUUGUAAUCCUUCAAGCCUGCCAAAGUAUUCACCUAGCAAAGAAAUGGAUGCUAAAACUCGGGAAGAUAUAUCCAGGAAAAAGACUGGAAGUAAAACGAGAGAGGCUGCGACAUCAAGAAGGCAGCAAAGAAGAAUAUCUAAAGUUUUGCAAGAAUCUAAAAAUGCUGGCAAAACAGCUUCAAAAGAGGACAACUUGAACAUUUCUCACAAAGCUCGUAGAGAUGAUGGUAAAACACAUCAUACAAAGGAAAAAGGAGGAUCUGUGUACAAAGAUUACUCAAAACCUUCAAUGGAUGCAAUGUCAGAGACUUCCCAGCUGGCGAAUGUUGCUGAUGGUAAUGGCUAUAGUGUACCAUUACAAGGCUCCGGAUCUAACAACUUUACAUGGGUAAAAAGGAGAAAACCAGAUGCAUCAUCCACACUAUCAGAUGGCUCAAGAAGCAAAAUUAGUGCAUUGGAUCCCAACUUUGCGAAAGGCACAUAUGAUUUGUCCAAACAAAGGGUAUCCAUGGACUUCGAUCCCAAAGAACUGGGCCAUAGAGAAGAACAAGGGGCACUUUGGAAUGACGGCACGCGGCGUAUAGUUCGUAAAUCAAGAUUUGGACAAGACAGAUGAAGCAUGGAUUACAGAAGUGGAGCAAUCCUCACAUCUACAUACAAGGGUGCUUGACAAAACAUUCUGGCCAAUGUAUCUGUUAGCAGCAUCUGCACCAUUUUAGCUUCUGACUUGACUUCUCCUGACAUCUUGGUGGCACAAACAUAUAGGAUUAUAAAACAUAAAGAUUGUUUUUUCUUUUCUUAUGGAAUUAUUUUCUGUGCAGUUCUCUUUAAUUUUGAGAUAAAAAAUCGCAAAAGUAUUCUGAAAUAUCUCAUGUUCUUGCGAAA